UGGAACUUUGUAACCCGAGCGCGCUGGCUCUGCGCUCCUCCCCGCCCCGGUGCGGCCCUCCCGGGAGGAGCAGGAGGUGGGACCUGCGGGCGGGAAGGCUCGGGACGCCGGCGCACGAGGAUCGGGGACCUCGGAGAGCUCAGCCGCCCAGAGGAGGAGCUGGACUGGCAGCCGAGCGCGCGGCCCGAGAACCGGAGGCAGCGGUCCCGGCCCGGGGACGCAGAGGUGCGGCGGAAAGGUCCCGUGCUCGGAACUGAGCCCGGGGGAAUCUGGACUCCCUGCCUCGCGUUCCCGCAGCGGCCGUAGCCUAGGAGCGGCAGCUGUGUCUGGAGUCCCGGCGGCGGCGGCGGCCGCGGGGGACGAGGAGGAGGAGCUGCAGCCGGACGGUGGCAGCCGGAGGAGGAGCCGCGCCGCUGUCCCGUGCGCCGGGGAGCGGGCCGCGCCGCCCGGGCCGCGCCGCGCUGGGAUGCCCCGCUGACGGCGGCGGCCAUGCAGCCUUGACAGGGCGCUCGGGCGCGGGGACCGGCCGCGGGGCGCGCCCUCCCGGGAGGGCAGCAGGACUUCACCACCGACUCCAGCUCCGCUGGGUGCCCGGCCCUCCACGAUGGAACCGGUGACCAAGUGGAGCCCCAAGCAAGUGGUGGACUGGACUAGAGGGUUAGAUGAUUGCCUGCAGCAGUAUGUCCACAAGUUUGAACGAGAGAAGAUUAACGGAGAGCAGCUGCUACAGAUUUCCCACCAGGAUCUUGAGGAGCUGGGUGUCACACGCAUUGGACACCAGGAACUUGUGCUGGAGGCUGUCGACCUUCUCUGUGCACUGAACUAUGGCCUUGAAACUGACAAUAUGAAGAACUUGGUUUUGAAACUGCGAGCGUCCUCCCACAAUUUACAGAAUUACAUAAGCAGCAGGAGGAAAAGUCCAGCUUAUGAUGGGAACACCUCCCACAAGCCCCCCAAUGAGUUCCUGACUUCUGUGGUGGAGCUCAUAGGUGCUGCCAAGGCCUUGUUAGCUUGGCUAGACAGGGCUCCAUUUACAGGGAUCACUGAUUUCUCAGUGACGAAGAAUAAAAUUAUCCAGCUUUGCUUGGACCUGACCACCACAGUCCAGAAGGAUUGCCUUGUAGCAGAAAUGGAGGAUAAAGUUUUGGCUGUAGUCAAGGUUUUAAAUGGCAUCUGUGACAAGACCAUCCGAUCUACCACGGAUCCUGUAAUGAGCCAGUGUGCGUGUCUGGAAGAAGUUCACCUACCAAACAUUAAACCUGGGGAAGGUUUGGGUAUGUACAUCAAAUCGACCUAUGAUGGAUUGCACGUGAUUACUGGAACCACAGAAAAUUCUCCUGCAGACAGAUCUCAGAAGAUUCAUGCUGGUGAUGAAGUCAUUCAGGUUAAUCAGCAAACUGUGGUGGGAUGGCAGCUAAAAAAUCUGGUGAGAAAGUUGAGAGAGAAUCCUACUGGAGUUGUGUUACUGCUUAAGAAGCGCCCCACGAGUUCCUUCAACUUCACUCCUGCCCCCCUGAAAAACCUACGGUGGAAGCCGCCUCUGGUGCAGACCUCACCUCCCACCACGACCACCCAGUCCCCAGACAGCACGAUGGAUGCCUCGCUGAAGAAGGAGAAGCCAGCCAUCCUGGAUCUUUAUAUUCCUCCUCCACCAAAUGUUCCCUACUCGCCCCGCGAAGAGAACGGGGGUUCUGUUUACGGAUUCAGUAAAUGUAAACAGCCACAGCCUGGUCCUAAGGGUUCCGAGUCCCCCAAUUCCUUCCUGGACCAGGAAAGCCGGAGACGGAGAUUCACCAUUGCAGAUUCUGAUCAGCUGCCUGGCUAUUCCGUGGAAACCAACAUACUGCCGGCAAAAAUGAGAGAGAAAACGCCAUCUUACGGCAAGCCCCGGCCUCUGUCGAUGCCUGCAGACGCGAGCUGGAUGGGCAUCGUGGACCCUUUUGCUAGACCUCGAGGUCAUGGGAGGAAAAGUGAGGAUGCCCUCUGCCGGUAUUUCAGUAACGAGCGUAUCCCUCCCAUCCUCGAAGAAAGCUCCUCGCCAACGUACCGCUUCUCAAGGCCCGGGACCGAGAGGCAGCUGGUCCGAGGUGCAGACUACAUCCGAGGCAGCAGGUGCUACAUCAGUUCGGAUCUCCACAGCAGCGCCACGAUUCCGUUCCCGGAAGAAGGGACCAAAAAGAAAGCCGGCUCCUCCGCCGCCAAGUCCUCCUCUCCAGAACCAUCCCUGCUGGUCAGCUGGUUGACUCGCCUGAAAUUGUUGACUCACUGAGCCCCACGAUCCCUGGGGCCUCCUGGACUCCUGCUACCAAGUGCCUUGUUUUCUCGGUUGGCAAUCUUGUUCUGAUCUUCAUUCACAGUAUUAUGUAGCGAUCUUUUGCAAUUUCGUGGGUUUCUUUUUUGGAAAGUUGUAUAUUGCACUUCUUGGAAUUUUGAAGUCAUUGGAUGGGAAUAAAUCCAGAGAAUCUUAGAUCAGAUACUGACUUGUGGCGGCCAAAGGAGAGAAAUGGGGAGAGUCUGCCCCCCGCCCCCACCUUUUUUUUUUUUUUUUGCCUCCUUAAGAGUCAGAACAUAGAGACACACUCUCUAAAGCAGAGCCUUGGCCAGGAAUGGUAUGAUCAUUACAGAGAACUGGCCAUUGUUCGUUUUGAGGGUGGAACUAUGAUUGGUGGCCGCUGUCACACAGAUGUGUUGGGUUUUGGUCCAACCUCUUCACCUGAAAAAGCCAGUGGAGUAAAGUUUUGUUUCGAUUUUUCAAGCUAUAUGUACCACAUAGGAACGUGUAGCAGCCUUGACCUUGAAAUAACACGUGGGCAGCAUCUGAUGCUCUUUCAGAGCAGAGGUAUAAAUGUAGGCCUGUUACACUUGUUUAACUCCAUUUGCAUAACAAUCAGUGUAGGUCAGUUAAUACAGAAACACGUGAAAACAUUUAGAUAGGGCUUACUACACACACAGUUUAUGGUUAUUUGUAAGGGGUGUCAUUGUUGAUGAUGUAUAUUAUUGUCUUUAAGGGAAAAGAAGCUAUAAUGGACUUGCUGACAGCCAAAGUCUCAUUCAGAAAAAUGAAGCAAGCAUACUUAGGUUUAUGAGAGAGACAUCAGUUUGCAUUUUAACCUGUUCAGUGACUAUCUUCCAGAAAAGAAUGGACAGUUCUUCAAAAUUGUACAUUUUGCUAAUUAGAAACCUCUUGGAAAAAUCUCACGGUCACUCAUUUUCAACUAGCAUAUGGUAUUUUGGAAAAGUGUGUCUGUAUUAACUCUUGUUUAAACUGAAUGUAUGAUACUUUGUUAGAAUGGAAAAGUACUAUCUUGUUAAUUUAAGGGUUUUAAAUAUAGUUGUAUAUUUUUCUUACCUUAGUCACAUGUAAUUGGUAUAUUUCUGUUCGGUGUUGCACAGGAAGCUAAUGAAAAAGUGCUCAAGAUGUUUUCAGGUUUACCAGUGACCACCAUGGCUGUUGCCACCGUGGGCAUUAUUGUUAAAAAAGAAAAAAAUAAACCCUCUGAAGCAA